AUGGCCGGAUACAACGUCAACGGAACACUGCAUGAUUCACCAAAAAGUCUCAACCACAAUUUAGAUUCAGAUAGUGAGAGGGAAAUGGGCGAUCAAGAGAAAAAGAAGAAGAGGUUAUCUCUGCAGGAAGGAUCAUCAGCGGGUCCAUCAAGCUUGUUGGACAAAGGCAAGCAGAGGUCAGCGACUAUGGGUCCAUUGAGAGCGAGUCCAGAGCAUGAAAGUGGUGGGGAAGGAAAUAAAAAAGGAAAGGGGAAAGCUCCUGGUUACGGAUUGGCUGGUCUUACGAGUUGUGAAGCAUGUAGAAAGGGAAAGAGAAAAGGACCGGCACCAGUCGCCGUUUCCGACGCUGUUCAUGGCUUCAUUCAAGACUCUUCACAUCUCACUCCCGACCUCACGAGGAAAUCAUCUGUGGUAUCCGAGUUUGGUAGUGCUGAUUUUGAUAGAAAGCUAUCAGCCUCGACAGAUCCCAUCUUCUUUGCUCUGGCACUUACGGUCAUCGCUUCCACCGAGGGUAUUGUACACUUGUUCCUCGGUAACAACACGGCUCAUAUCAUCACCACGGCACAAGCAAAUCAGUUAGCUCUCGCUUUACGUUUGGAUGAGGAAUCGCGCGCUCGAGCAAUCUGCCUUCCACUUGAUGAUGCAUACGACUUGUGUCUUCCAACGGAGGUGGAUGACGACAUGAUAACGAGGGCAGGAAUUUUGCCUCAACCAUCGGGAACUACCCCUCUGAUCGCUGGGUUCAAUGUGAAUACCAGUCUGUUUCGAAUCUUGAACGACACUCUCGCAAUACAACGGCGCAAAACGCCCAGAAUGAUGGAAGAGAUUCUUGCGGAUCUCCAUCGGUUACAGGAGCUUCGGGAAAGGACAAUACACACCUAUUUGACUGUGCCCGAUCCUCUAAGAUUGCGAAACGCUUACGAUUCUCGAUCUGCCAGGGUUGGAGAGAAUGGGCACGCUUUGAAUAGCUUCCUUGUAAUGCAGGGAAAUAUUCUUGUGACACAGCAUGUGGUUCGCUUGGUGCUUCUUAAGACCCGUCUGGCGCUGUUAGCACAGCUUGCGAUUUUCACUCCGAUGAUGCCCCCCUCGAUGGCCGCAGAAGACACUGCGGAGAACAUUGCGUGCGAACUGCUAGAUGGAUUGAACAGUUCAGAAAGUCCGCUUCGUCGGUAUCCAUUUGAUGGCGACAUCCAAUGA